AUGCUCGGUUCGAAGAUCCCCGUAUUUGGCGAGAUUGACUCCAUGGGCAAAACGUACAAAGAGGAAACUCCUCACGCGACCCCUCGCAGCAAAAUAUCGCAGUACAAAUAUCCGGCACUGAGCCCAAUAUUUUGGCGUACACUUUCUUCAAUUGGCAACAUACACCGAUCAAUGUGGUCCCUAGUGCAAUACCGACGGAUCGGAAGGCAGGUCGAGCGCGAAUGGCAAGAGAAGGGGCAAAAACAAGGUGACACCGAUAACAAGAGUGCUUUACGCGAUGUCGAGGUUGGAUCUGGACAAGGAUUACUAAGGGGAUUCAACGAUGUCCGUGAAAAGGGCUCGUCUAGGGACCGGACGAAGUCAGAGGGUAGCAGCUCCUCCGGCAAUGGCAAGAUCAUUGUUGACAUCACGGGAGACGAUGACCCUAUCGAUCCGCACAACUGGCCGCUCCUCGCACGGUGCAAGAACAUCGCCGUCCUCUGUCUCCUUAUUUUCUCCCAGGGAUGGGCGAGCGCCGCAGAUUCCAUGGCCAACUCACGGAUGAGUCAAGAUUACGGGGUGAGCAGGGUGGCAGCGAAUCUUUCUCAAGCCUUGUACCUGCUGGGGAUCGGAUCCGGAUGCCUCUUCUGUGGCCCUCUUUCCGAGACUAUAGGAAGAAACCCGACGUACCUUGGAGCAACCAUUGGUUACCUAUGCUUUGUGCUUGGGACAGCGUUGACGUCCAACUUGGGCGGACGGAUUGUGUGCCGAUACUUUGUGGGCGUCUUUGCCAGUGCCACCCUAGGCAUCAAUGGCGCCAGUGUGAGCGAUCAGUUUCGACCGGUCAAGCGAGCCUUUGCUUUCCCAGUCAUUGCAUGGGCAAACGUCGCUGCUCCUAUGCUCGCACCCGUCGCGGGUGGAUGGCUGGUCCAAAAUCGUAACCUCAGUUGGCAUUGGACUGACUGGGUCACACUCAUCAUAUCCGGCUUCGCCUUCAUUGUUGCUUCCCUCUUCCUUCCCGAAACGUACCUACCGGUUCUGCUGGACUGGAAAGCCAGACAUCUUCGCCGUGUGUCCGGAUCUCCCAGGUACGUAUCUGGGCAUGCUGAAAAGGCACAGUUCCUCCAGCGUUUGCGCCAGACCCUCCCAAUGCCGGUUGUGUUCUUCACAAGCGAGCCCGUCGUUGCAGUCCUGGGUGGUUACUUGAUACUCGUCUAUAUCCUCAUGUUUACAUUCUUGUCUGGAUUCGACUACAUCUUCAAAAAGACGUACGGGCUGUCAGAUGGGCUGACGGGCUCGUGCUUCGCAUCCAUCGCGGCGGGGUCCACGUUCUUUACACUAUUUGCACCAGCCCUCUUUCACUUCACACGAGUCCACACGAACUAUGUGAGGCAAGCCUGGAUCAAGCCUGAGUACAGACUGUGGCCGGCCAUCGCCACGGCACCACUGAUGCCCAUCUCCUUGUUCUGGCUCGGGUGGACCAACUAUCCUAGUAUUUCACUGUGGUCUGGUUUGGCAGCUUGCUUUUGCUUCGGCAUCGUGGCGACCGCCGUGUAUGUGAGUAGCUACGAGUACAUCGUCGACAGCUACACCGAACACAGUGCUGUCGCGCUUGCAAGCAUCACGAUGGCGCGGUAUCUCAUUGCUGGGACGAUGGUCAUGGCGGCGAGACCCAUGUACACGGGGAUCGGAGUGCACUGGACGAUGACUCUGCUGGGGUGUAUUGGUUUGCUCCUGGCCCCUGCUCCGUUGUUUUUUAGGUGGUAUGGGGCCAAGUUGAGGGCGAAGAGCGCUUACGCAGAGUCAUAA